ACUUGCCAAUCACUCACUCGACCUCAAUGAAUCCCAUGGCCAAAUGCUGCCUACUGCUCCUCCCCAUCUUCUUCUUGGCAUUUCUCUUGCCCGAGGCGCACGCGACUUCGUGCCACCCCGCCGACCUUCGCGCACUGCAGGACUUUGUUAGGAACCUCAGCGGUGGGGGUGUCCUCCUCCAGGCCACAUGGUUUGGCGCCGCAUGCUGCAGCUGGGAAGGCGUGGACUGUGACGCCGCCACUGGCCAUGUCAUGGCACUGCGCCUCCCCAGGCGCGGCCUUGCAGGGCCCUUCCCAGGAACCUCCCUUGCAGGACUUGCACAUCUCGAGGAGCUUGACCUCGGCUUCAACAACUUUCACAACAUCUCAGGGGUGCUCACCGUGUUGUGUGGGUGCCAGAACCUCACCACGCUGAUUCUCACCAAGAAUUUUGGUGGUGAGGAGCUACUGGGCGAUGGUAUUAUUGGCGAGUUCAAGAGCCUCGAGGUGCUGGUCCUUGGUGAUUGUGCUCUCAAGGGCAGGGUUCCGGAAUGGUUGUCUCAAUGCAAGAAAAUGGAGGUGCUUGAUUUGUCUGGCAACCAAUUGGUGGGCGCCAUCCCAUCAUGGAUUGAUGAGCUUCACCACCUUUGCUACUUGGAUCUCUCAAACAAUUCAUUGGUUGGCGAUGCACCUAAGAGUUUGGCACUGCUAAAGGGGCUUGCCCCUAAUGGGCGUUCACCGGGCAUGGUUUUCGCUAACAUGCCGUUGUAUGUGAAGCAUAACAGAAUCACACUCGGACGACGACUUAACGAGCUCCCAAAUGUCAUAACAGGGAUCAACAAUGUUGUGAGAUCUGGGAGCAAGAAUGUUAUAUGUGGGAACGACAACACUGUCAUAUUUGGGGAUGAAAACACCAUAUCCGGGAAUGAAAACACCGUAUCUGGGAACAACCAUGUCGUAUAUGGGAGUAAGCAUGUCGUAUCUGGGAGCAGGCAUGUCAUAACUGGGAGAAACAGUUUUGUAUCCGGGAGUUACAAUAACGUAUCUGGGAUUUACCAUGUCGUAUCUGGGAGUAACAAUGUAGUAUUUGGGAGCAACAAUUCUGUAUCUGGGAGGAACCAUAUUGUAUCUGGGGACAACAAGGGGGGGGGUGUAUGCCUCCUUUUGAACUCCUCGGCUACCUGA